CCCCCCCACCAAGCGCGACAACGCCACGGUGACAAAAUGGCAGCUCGGCGCCCGACUGGCGAGCCACCGGCACACAGCCGGGACUGUUGACCCUGCACCCCAAGAAUGCCAGGGCACCCUGGGGCUAGGUCUCCCAAUGGCCUAGUAGUGCAAAUGGCGAGAGCAGACGGGCCCGUAGAUCCUAGGAGGUCGAGGGUCCCCGGCACGCCGCGCCCUCUCCAGACCAGAUCCUCAGGCCCGCGCCGCCGAGGUUCGAGUGUGCCUGUGUGCUCUCAGGCCCCCACCGCUGGGCGCCACGGUCUCCGCGGAUCCCGGUCCGCGGUCGCCAUGGGGGAGGGGUGGGCCUCCGGCGCCCCGGGAAACAUGGCUGCUCGUCCUAGUACGGCGGCGUCGCGGCCACCAGUCCCCGAAAUGCGACUUGGGAGAGAGGUUGCAGAAGAGAAACGAAGACGCGCUUUAAACUCGAGCCAUCUCCCAACUCCGCAGCAGUCGGGUCCCCACGCGCUCUCCCCGGGGGCCUCGGGCUACAUUGAUCAGAAACUAUACCGGACUCGCGAAGCCCAAAACUUAUUGUGUGCGAGCGAGCGAAAGAGACGGCAAAGGGAGGGGGCAGGCGCGGGAGGGGGCGGAAAGGGGGUUACGCUUCUAAAAUAUAACACCCCCUUUUUGUUGUUUAAUCCAGGAGGCAGCCCAUCUUCUCCUCCCCUCGAUCAUCUUUUCCAUCCAGAUGCAAGUCGUGGGAGCUGAGAGCUCGGACGAGGGUGAGAUUGCCGCCUUCCCUCCGACCCAAACGCGUGCGCCCCGCCGGCCCCCCGCUGGGUGCACACUCGCACGCACACCCUCGCACCCAUACCCGCACACGCGGGAGCACACGCACAGGUAGUCAGUCACACACCAAGGGCAGCAGCGACGGCGGACGAAACAUGCUCCGGUGGCAUUGCAAUCCCCCCACCCCCGCCAUCCAACCUUGCAAUUCAUUUGCAGUCAGACCCCAAACCCCACACCUCCCCGGAGCCCCCCUCCAUAAAAAAGUGCCUUCCCCCCAAAACACACACGCACACAUAACACAAAGUAGGAGAAUGGACCGACAGAGAUAUUUUUGGCAAAUGCUCACAUC